AUUAUCGUUUAUCUGUCAUCUUCGUCUUCUUCUGCGAUUUCGUCCCCAACUCGUCUCACUCUCCCCAGCCUCACUUCUUCGACGGCGAGCGACGACCAACGACGCCUACUGCCACCGGACUUCCGUGGGAGUCCUUCAUCUCUUCCUCCUCUCGCCGGUUCUUCCCCGGCGCGCGAGAUCGAUGAGCAGUUCGUUUUGAGGACAGUCGACAGAGAGGAAGAGAGAGAGAGGAUACGGAUACGUGCCCUUGUUUGUUUGGUCUCCGUGAUGGCGUUGGCUUCUGCCAGCGGCGCGAUGUUUCCGCCCACGAAUUCGGCGAGCAAGCCCUGGGAGGACCCGUCGUUCUUCCGGUGGAGGAAGCGGGAGGCGCACGUGCCGCUGCGCUCGCACGACACGCUCGAAGGGGCACUGAAGUACUGGCAUGAACGGAGGAACGUUAGCUAUCUUGAUUCCGAGUCUGCUGUAUGGGACGAUGACGCUGUUCGUGGCGCGCUGGAGAGCGCCGCGUUUUGGUCUCAGGGGUUACCUUAUGCGCAGUCGCUGAGUGGAUACUGGAAAUUCCAUUUGGCUCAGUCCCCAGAGAGUGUCCCAGAGAAAUUCUAUGAUGCUCAGUUUAGUGACUCAGAUUGGGAGGCUUUGCCAGUUCCCUCAAAUUGGCAAAUGCAUGGGUUUGACCGUCCAAUUUACACAAAUGUCACUUAUCCUUUCCCCAUGAACCCACCAUUUGUGCCUUCUGAAAAUCCGACAGGCUGUUAUCGAAAGGUUUUUCACAUCCCAAAAGAGUGGAAAGGUCGGAGGAUCUUGUUGCACUUUGAAGCUGUUGACUCAGCGUUCCUUGCUUGGGUAAAUGGGGUACCAAUUGGGUAUAGCCAGGAUAGCAGGCUCCCUGCUGAGUUUGAAAUCACUGAUUGCUGUCAUCAUUGUGAUUCGGGCAAGGAAAAUGUUCUUGCUGUCCAAGUCAUGAGGUGGAGUGAUGGUUCUUAUCUUGAAGAUCAGGACCAUUGGUGGUUGUCUGGUAUUCAUAGGGAUGUGUUACUACUAUCAAAGCCAGAGAUUUUUAUCACAGAUUACUUCUUCAAAGCAACCUUGGAUGAGAACUUCCUUGUAGCUGAUAUUGAGGUUGAGGUGGAAAUCGAUUCACAUAAGCAAGACCGGGAGCAUAUCUCAACUUUGUCUAUUGAAGCAAAAUUGUUUGAUAAUUCUGUACCAUCUGGUGGUUUAAAUUCUGAUAUGUCAGCUGCUAAUGUGGUCAAUUUGAAGGCAAAGCCAAAACCAAAACCAAGCCAUUGUCAUGGUUUUCAUGGUUAUGUUCUUGGUGGAAAAGUUGAAAACCCAAAACUUUGGUCUAGUGAAAAACCGAACUUAUACACUCUUGUUGUUCUCCUUAAAGAUGCCAAAGGGAAGCUCAUUGAGUGUGAAUCAUGCCAAGUAGGAAUACGUGGUGUGGUCCUAGCACACAAGCAGAUGCUUGUCAAUGGUUGCCCUGUUGUAAUACGAGGUGUCAACAGACAUGAGCAUCAUCCACGUGUUGGGAAGACAAAUAUAGAAGCAUGCAUGAUCAAGGAUCUGGUUUUGAUGAGACAAAACAACAUCAAUGCUGUUAGAAACUGCCAUUACCCCCAACAUCCAAGGUGGUAUGAGUUAUGCGAUAUUUUCGGUCUUUAUGUGAUAGAUGAAGCCAAUAUCGAGACACAUGGAUUUGAUGAAUCUAGCAGUUUCAAACAUCCUACACUUGAAUCCAUCUGGACUAAUUGUAUGCUUGAUCGUGUCGUUAGCAUGGUUGAGAGGGACAAAAAUCAUGCAUGCAUUAUUGUUUGGUCCUUGGGAAAUGAGUCCUCAUAUGGACCAAAUCACUCUGCAAUGUCUGGGUGGGUUCGUGGAAGGGAUCCGACAAGGCUCAUCCAUUAUGAAGGAGGUGGUUCCAGAACAUCAUCCACAGAUAUUGUAUGCCCCAUGUACAUGCGUGUCUGGGAUAUUCUUAAGAUAGCCAAUGACCCAUCUGAGAAUAGGCCCCUCAUUCUUUGCGAAUAUUCACAUGCUAUGGGAAACAGUAAUGGAAAUAUUGAUGCUUAUUGGAUGGCAAUAGACAGCACUAUGGGACUCCAAGGAGGUUUUAUAUGGGACUGGGUUGAUCAGGGUUUACUGAAGGAGGAUGUCAAUGGAUCAAAAUUUUGGGCAUAUGGUGGCGACUUUGGAGACACUCCAAAUGAUUCAAACUUUUGUCUUAAUGGCAUUGUAUGGCCUGACCGGACGAUUCACCCAGCUGUUUAUGAAGUUAAACAUCUUUACCAACCUAUCAAAAUAUCAUUAAUGGAUAACACGCUCAAGAUAAACAAUGCACAAUUUUCUGAGACAACAGAGGCUUUGGACUUCAGUUGGAUUCUUCAUGGGGAUGGUUGUGUUUUGGGCUCUGGUUCCCUCGACCUUCCAGACAUAGCACCACAAAGUAGCCAUCUUAUCAACAUGCAAUCAUCACCUUGGUUUACCCUUUGGAGUGCCUGUGCAGCAAAAGAAACCUUUUUGUCUAUAAAUGUGAAACUGGGGGGGCAAACACGAUGGUCUAAAGAUGGUCAUAUCUUGGCUUCAGCACAGCUUUGUUUACCUCAGACAAAUAGCUUUGUCCCUCAUGUUAUAGCAUUAUCCAGGAGCCCACUAGUCUCUGAACAUGUUGGUGAUAGUGUAAUCAUUAGCAAGAACAAGGACUGGCAAAUCAAAGUAAACACUCGAUCGGGAACAAUUGACAGCUGGAAGAUCAACAACAUUGAGCUUUUGAGCAAGGGGAUACUUCCUUGCUUUUGGCGUGCACCAACUGACAAUGACAACGGGGGCUUCUACACCAAGUCCUAUGCUACGAGAUGGCGAGAAGCCUUCCUCGACAACAUCGUCUUUCGCAGCAGCCAGUUUUCAGUGAAGGAGCUACCGGACCAUGCCGUCGAGAUUUCUACCACAUAUUAUGGUCUUCCUGGUCACUUGGUAAAACCGGACGACGCUGCUCUUUCAGAAGCUCCCGAGUCCACACUUUUCCAGGUCCCCAUGCGCUGCCGGAUGUACGAGUCAGGUGACGUGAUACUCGAAUACGAGGUAAACCCCAAGAGUGACCUCCCCCCUCUCCCGAGAAUCGGCAUCGUCUUCAACACGGAGAAAUCCCUGAGCCACGUCACGUGGUACGGGAGGGGCCCGUUCGAGUGCUACCCCGACCGCAAGGCCGCCGCGCAUGUUGGCGUGUACGAGAGCAGCGUGGAGGACCUCCAUGUCCCCUACAUCGUCCCAGGCGAGUGCGGUGGCCGCGCGGACGUCAGGUGGACGGCGCUCCGGAAUGCCGAGGGGUUCGGCCUGUUCGCCUCGGUCCACGGCGAGUCCCCACCGAUGCAGAUGAGCGCCAGCUACUAUGGCGCCGCGGAGCUGGACCGGGCAACCCACAAACACAAGCUGGUCAAGGGAGAUGACAUCGAGGUGCACCUUGAUCACAGGCACAUGGGGCUGGGAGGGGACGACAGCUGGACGCCGUGCGUGCACGAGCAGUACCUGCUGCCGCCGGACCGCCGCUACGCCUUCUCCGUGAGGCUCCGUCCGUUGCUGCCGUCGACGUCGUGCGAUGACAUCUACCGCUCUCAGCUCCCCCAUUGAUUCAGAGGGAGAAAGCAACUGAAAGAUGGAAACAAACAAAUAAACGCCGAGUCGCGUUCGCUAGCUCACUGUAAUGUAAUUGGCCACAGGGUACCUGUCAAUAAAAGAAGCGAGCGUGAUGUUGCGCUGCUCUGCAAUAAAUGAGAAACGACUUCUCUUUGUGGAUCUUUUUGGCGCCAGCCAUUGGUAAUUUAACCGGGGCAGGUUUGUUGUUUGUGUGGUGUAUUAAGGGCCUGUUUUGUUUUCAACGCUAGCAUUUCUCAUCAGAUGUUUUGAGGGCCUUUUGGAUCACAGGAACUAUGAAACAUAGAAACAGUGAAUAUAAAGCACAUAAAUGA